AGAAGGAGAUUUCUCCUCCUAGCUUAGCUGGCUGGCUGGCUUGGGCAAGAGGCUGCCGUGACCUGAGGCUCAGUGAAGAGAACCAUUGUGAAUCCCGGAAGGUUUGGCCAGACAGUCCCAGUCACCUGUGAAGCCUUGGACUUUCAUCUACCUAAGAAAGUCGCCUGGGGCCAAGUUAGUUAGCUCGAAAAGCUUUUUUUAUUCUCCUUGCAUGGUGUUGGGGAGAUACUUGUGUGCCCAAAGAAGCCCUGGAUUUGGAAGGAAAGAUCCCAGGACAGGCGGACUGGAGAAGCUGAGGGGAGUUUGAUGAGACACAGGGACUGCCCUCUGGCACUUGGAACAGCAGAGAGAUGUCGUUCCCCGUGCCAUCCACAUGCUAUGUGGUGCUUGCCGCAGCGGUGGUAGUGUAUGCGCAGAGGCACAGUCAGCAAGAUUCCCAUAUCCAUUACGCACAGCUGGGCAAGGACGUGACGUUACAGUGUGGGACAGUGAACAGGGACGCCACAGUCACCUGGACAGCCAACAACACAGAUCUCGAUGCCUCCCACCUCAACGGUUCGUGGCUCGUCCUGCGGCACGUGGAUUUGUCCCACAGCGGCCUGUACUCCUGCUACGAGGGAUCGUCGUGGCACCUCAAGUAUCGGGUCUACCUCAGAGUAGGAACACCACCUAAGGAGCCCGUUCUGAUGUGCCGGUCCAAUAACUAUCCCAACGGCUUCUACUGCAGUUGGCACCUGCCCAACCCGACCUACAUCCCAGAUACUUUUAACAUCACUGUAAAGCACGACUCCAAGGAAAUCGUGUGUGAGAAGGAUGCGCCCCCCAAGAACCGGUGCUACAUCCGGUACCUUCACCUCUUCUCCACCAAGAAGUAUAAGGUGACAUUGACGGUCACGAACGCCCUUGGCAGAAACUCCACCACCAUCUCCUUCGAUGAAUUUGCAAUAGUAAAACCGGACCCUCCGGAGAACGUGGUGGCAAAGCCCAUCCCCAACAACCCCCGCCGGCUGAUGGUGACGUGGCAGUACCCUUCGACGUGGCCUGAUCCUGACUCCUUCCCCCUCAAAUUCUUCCUGCGCUAUCGGCCGCUCAUCAUCGACUACUGGCAACACGUGGAGCUGUCGGACGGGACAUCCCACGUCAUCACUGAUGCCUAUGCUGGCAAAGAGUAUAUCAUCCAGGUUGCAGCCAAGGACAACGAAAUCGGCACGUGGAGCGACUGGAGCGUGGCUGUGCACGCCACUCCCUGGACGGAGGAGCCCAAGCAUCUCACCACCGAAGCCCAAGGGACAGAAACAACCACCAGCAGCACUUCCGCCUUCGUGGUCCCUGCCACCACCAAAGCUGAGGAGUCGGACGGGCAAGCAAACUGUGGUGCCGUGGCAAUUUCCUGCGUGGUCGGCCCGGUGUUGGUGGCAUUUGGCAUUCACUUUAUUUAG